AUGCAAGCUUUUAGAAAAUUUUCUAGAGCUUCUGGUCUUGAGGGAAGUGUUGAAAAGAGUUGUAUCUAUUUUGCUGGUGUGAGGAGGGAGGAAGCUGUUGACAUAGCUGCUGAUGUAUCCCUCCCAGUGGGUCAAUUACCCUUUAGAUACUUGGGUGUGCCUCUGGCAGCUAGGAAACUCAAUUACACUCAGUGCAAAAUUCUUGUGGAUAAGAUUACUUCAAGAGCUCAGACUUGGAUGGAUCAAAUGUUGAGCUAUGCUGGGAGAUUGCAGCUAGUUAGAAGCAUUCUUACUAAUAUGCAAGAUUAUUGGGCCCACAUUUUCCCAUUGCCUAAGAAACUCAUCAAGGCAGUUGAAAUGGUUUGUAGAAGGUUCCUUUGGACUGGGAAAACUCUUGACUCUAAGAAAGCUCCUGUUGACUGGCAUACUUUUUUCCUUCCUAGGAUUGCUGGUGGAUGGAACUUGAUAAACAUGACAAAUUGGAAUCAAGCAGCUUUGCUCAAACUUCUACGGGCUAUUAAAUCUAAAGCUGACAAACUUUGGGUGAAAUGGGUUGCUGCUUAUUAUGUGAAACAGUCUACACCUCUAAAUGUUGUUAUCACUAACAACCUUUCUUGGAUCUUGAGAAAGAUUAUCAAAGCCAGAGAGGCAUUAGAAGAUAUUGGUGGAUGGGAGCAAACUCUGAAUAAUGGCCAGUUCAGUAUAAAGAAAACCUAUAAGUGUCUUCAAGGGACAUUUGAUCCUGUUAGUUAUAGAAAAGUCAUAUGCAAUAACAAGGCUAGCCCUCGAAGCAUUUUUAUCUUGUGGCUUGCCCUUCAGAAUAGACUAGCUACUUGUGAUAGAAUAAGCAAGUGGAUGCCAUCUUGUAAUGUUGUCUGUUGCUUGUGUAAUGUUGAUAUGGAAUCUGUGUAG